CAUGCGCAGCCCGCUGCCUCCGCUACCCCCUGCACCGCUCGGAGCUCAGAGAGCAGGUUGCCCGGACACCGUCGCUGCUGUUCCCGCUCACCCUCCGCCUCGGGAGCCGUUACUCGGAUACAAACUUAGUUCCUGUCACCGGACACCGAGCAGCCGACAGAAACAAACUGUUUGUGGAGGCGCUGUGACCGGCUGAGCCCCCCUCCUCUCAUCGGUUCACCUCGCGGUGGUCAGCGGACACUCGCUGGAGUGGGUCCUGAGAGGCUGAGGAGUGGGAGGCGUUGGACUGCAUGAGGAGGCCGAGCGACGGGACACUGGUCCUCCUAGUCCUCACCUAGGCCCCGCCCCAUUGACCCUUGACCCCCCACACUGCCCUGACAUGAGGUCGUUCCGGUCGUUUGCGAACGACGACCGCCAUGUCAUGGCCAAACACGCCGGCGUCUACCCGGCGCCGGAGCAGCUGGAGGCCGUCCAGGCGCUGGUGUCCACCACAGAGGGAGCUCUGAAGAAGGUCUCUGACUGGAUGGACGGCCUGAAGGACUCGCCAGGGAAGACGGCCAGCUGUGAUGAGGAGGAGGAAGAUGCCGCAGAGACGGACCCAGCUGGAGCGCCGGUUCUGUGCGGGGUGACCCGGGUCGGCCUGCUGGCCAAAGGUCUGCUGAUCAGAGGCGACAUGGAGCUGGAGCUGGUGCUGAUGUGCCGACCCAAACCCACCAAGCUGCUGCUGUACACCGUCAGCGCCAACCUGCCCCUGCAGAUCCAGACGAUGACGGAUGACCGGUAUGAAGUCCGGUCGUGUGUCUCUGAGGCAGCGAUCCGGGUCUGCAGCACCAAAGAUCCCAGACUGACCCUGAAGAUCACCCUGACCUCGCUCGCCAUGAGGGAGGAAGAGGAAGAUGAUGAAGAGGAAGUCGAUCGGGAGGAAGGCAAGCCGAGGCGUGAGGAGGAGGAGGAGGAGGAAGAUGCCCUAGACAGGCUGAAGUGCCAGGCGGCGCUGGCGGCGCUCCGACACGCCAAGUGGUUCCAGGCCCGGGUCGCCGACCUCAAGUCCUGCCUGGUGGUUCUGCGGGUUCUGAGGGACGUGUGCAACCGCCAGCCGGAGUGGCAGCCUCUUCAAGGAUGGCCGCUGGAGCUGAUCUGUGAGAAGGCCGUCGCCACUAGCAACCGGCCGCUGGGUCCAGGGGAAGCGCUGCGCCGGGUCAUGGAGUGCGUCGCCUCGGGGAUCCUGCUACCAGGAGGCCCAGGAGUUCACGACCCCUGUGAGCGGGAACCCAGAGACGUUCUGACGCAGCUCAGCGCGCAGGAAGCCGACGCCCUAACGCGCAGCGCCCAGCAUGCGCUGCGCCUCAUUGCAUUCGGUCAGCUCUACAAGGUUCUGAACAUGGAUCCUCUGCCGGCCAGCAAGGCUUCUCCACGGCUGCUGGAAGGCGGCUGCCUGAAGAGGCUCCGGGACGACCCAGGCUGUGAGGACAGAGACUUCACCAAACGGAUGAAAGUUCUGGACUGGAGGAUGACCGACCCGAACCAUCCCAUGAACGCUCUGAUGCGUCUGAACCAGAUCCAUCCGGGCCUUCAGUACCGCCUGCUGUGUCAGUCGGGUCCGGUCCACGCUCCGGUCUUCACCAUGUCUGUAGAGAUCCAGGGAACCACGUACCAGGCCAGCGGGAACUCCAAGAGGACGGCCAAGCUGCAGGUGGCCCUGAAGGCGCUGCAGGCUCUGGGUUUUCUGCUCGCCUCAGACGGGGACCUGGACUCUCUGAGCGCCGAUGAAAAGUCCGACGGAGAAGGAAAGAAUGACAGGAUGUCCACCAGCUCCAGCUCCACAUCCGUCACCUCCUCCACGGAGACGCAGGAGUCCAGAGCUCCGGGUCCGAUCCUGACGGCGGGCGGGAAAAACCCGGUGAUGGAGCUGAACGAGAAGCGGCGCGGCCUGAAGUACGAGCUGAUCUCAGAGAGCGGCAGCAGCUACGACAAACGCUUCAUCAUAGAGGUGGAGGUGGAUAAGCAGGUGUUCCGGGGAACCGGUCCCAAUAAGAAGGUAGCCAAAGCCAGCGCGGCGCUCGCCGCUCUCAACAGCCUGUUCUCCGGAUCCAAACCGACCAACGUGAAGAAGAAACGCCUCAACCCAGCACCGAAGCGACCCCUGACCUCUGUGCUGACCAUCCCGACGCUCGCCGCCAGACCUCCACGGAUCCCCGUCCUGCCCAGAGCGCCGUACAUCAGCACGCCCCCCACACACGGCUACAUCCCCCCAGGUUUCGGUGCUCCAUACGGCUACAGCCCUGCUGCCCCCCUCCCUGCCUACAGUCUUCCCUCCAGAUUGCCCUCAGUAGUUGUUCCCGUCAUCAGAGUUCCCCCCGUUUACCCCGUCACCCACCUGUACCCCUACUAGCCCCGCCCACCUGUACCCCUGCUAGCCCCGCCCACUUGUACCCCUGCUAGCCCCGCCCCCUCCACCUGUUAAAGGAAUAUCCUCACUAAAGAAUUAUGUUCAGUAAUCCAAAACAUUUGAACUCAGAAACAUUUUCUCGUUUUCACUUCUUCAAAUCUGCAUAAAGUGACUCAACAUUCCACAUGUAGAGGAGAAUCACUCACAACCCGACUCCACUGAUCAAUAAACACCGUUUGUGACAUUUUAAUAUUUUCAGAUGAUUAUGUUUAAUCAUAAGAGGCUGUAGAAAUAAACGGAUCUGAUGCAGAUUAGAUUUAUAAUCAGCAGCUUCUGGAUAAAAGUUUUUCUGCAGAUGCUUCACCUGCUGCAGGUUAUAAAGUUUUAAAGUUGAACAUCCUGCAGACGAGACGCAGCAGAAAGGAGCUGAAGUUACAGCCUGAAUGAAAUCCUGUUUGUUUCAGGGAGAGCAGCUGUUUAAGCCGCGCGUUUGUUUUAGUUUGUGGGUUUUUUGUCAUUUUUGGUUUUAUAUUUUGCGUUUGUUGUGUUGAGGAUAUAAACUGCAGUCAGUUUGAGUCAGAACCCUCUGCAGUGAUGAAACGGUGAAACCCAGAAUGUGUCGGAUAUUCCUUUAACUUUCCCUCCUGUGAUUCAUUUGCUUGUUUUUGUUUUUUUGGUCUUGAAAAGUUUACAGCGAUCAGUUGCACUGAAAACAUUUUUCCUUUCAUUUCAUAUCAACUGUUUACAUUUGCUGCUGUUUUAUUUUGACCUGGUUGUU